CUCCGCCGUCAUCGACAUGGAGAACAUGGACGACACGUCGGGCUCCAGCUUCGAGGACAUGGGGGAGAUGCACCAGCGCAUGAAGGAGGAGGAGGAGGAGGAAGCGGAGGGCGAGGCGGGCGCCGGCGAGGAGGAGGACGGGGAGUUCCUGGGCAUGAAGGGGCUGCGGGGACAGCUGGGCCGGCAGGUCGCUGACCAGAUGUGGCAGGUGGGGAAGAGACAAGCCUCCAGGGCCUUCAGCCUAUACGCCAACAUCGACAUCCUCCGGCCCUACUUCGAUGUGGAGCCCGUCCAAGUGCGAGCCAGACUGCUGGAGUCCAUGAUUCCUGUGAAGAUGAUUAAUUUCCCACAGAAAAUUGCAGGCGAGCUGUAUGGACCCCUCAUGCUGGUUUUCACACUGGUGGCCAUUCUUUUGCAUGGAAUGAAGACGUCAGACACCAUCAUUAGGGAAGGCACACUGAUGGGCACAGCCAUUGGCACCUGCUUCGGUUACUGGCUGGGCGUCUCAUCUUUCAUGUAUUUCCUGGCAUAUCUGUGCAAUGCCCAAAUCACGAUGGUGCAGAUGCUGUCACUGUUGGGCUAUGGUCUUUUUGGACACUGCAUCACUCUCUUUGUCACCUAUAAUAUCCACUUCCACUCCCUCUUCUACAUCUUCUGGUUGGUUGUUGGUGGACUCUCUACACUACGAAUGGUUGCUGUGCUGGUGUCACGCACCGUGGGACAUACCCAGCGGCUCAUCCUGUGUGGGACUCUUGCUGCUCUGCAUAUGCUUUUCCUGCUCUAUCUGCACUUUGCUUAUCACAAGGUGGUAGAAGGUAUCCUGGACACACUGGAAGGACCCAACAUGCCUCCCUUUCAGAGAGUUGCCCGAGACAUUCCUGUUGUUUCCAAUGCUAUAUUGAACACAACAGCCAAAGCCAUUGCAUUGACCCUGUAGUUUUACAGACUUGGACUUGCUUCCUUCACUACUUUUGGGGCUGCAUAGGGCCACAGUAACCUGCUGCCUCUUAGGAACAGGACAGAACAGCAAGAAGACAACUUGGUUUUGUUUUCCUGGACCUGUCCUCUGCGUUACGGUUUUGGGCAGCUGAGUGGACUCAGCGGAGGUGAGUCGCACCUCAGUGACUCAGAAGAGCUGCACUCUUCCCCCAUCCAGGUCUGGGCUGUCUUGAGUAGAGUGGUUCUGUUGCCUGCAUGUUUAGCUGGGAUUGCCCAGCACAGUUUGUUCCUUUGCCCUCUUUCCGCUUGCUGAUGUAACUCCAGGAGUAUCUGCCCUGUUCCUGUCCUGAAGAGGGAAGAAUUAAAUUGAUGUUGGUGCUGAGUGAUGUCUUUAUGCUUGAGCCUGCUUGUGGUGGGAGCGUGGUGUUUGGGUCUCUGUGCCUUCAUCUGUCCUGUGCUAGACUCAAAGCAGGAUUCUUUGCAAUUUUCUGUUGUCCUUCAGAUGUUCUGUGAUACAUGCCUUGUUUUGGGCACAUUUUUCAAAGGCAUAUUAGUUCAAAAGGCACAGGAACUUCACUUUCUCUGGCAAUUUUCAGGAACAGCGCAGUGUUUAACCACAUGCUCUUUCUUGUCACGUUCUUUCUUCACUUGAUCCAAGCUGCUAUCUCACCUCACCAUCCCUUCUGCUCUGUAUGUCAGAAAUGUAUCUGUCCCCAUGCUUUCACUGUACCUUUUUUUGCUGCCACCCUUCUGCCCAUGUUGCUCUGUGGAACUUGCAGGCCAGCACAUCUGUGCAGGUCUUCAGUGGAUAUUUCUAUUAGGAGGCCAGUUCAGCGCACCCUUGUGCUGCUGACCCUCAUGCCUCCCAGCCAUGGGACUGUCACCUCUGGGCAGGGGUGGCAGGAGUUAUGUUCCCCAGACACCCAUUCUGCUGUGUCUGAAUGGCUUUUCAAGCUGAGUCUAGGCCUUUUUUUGAAAGGACACCUGGGGCUUUGAGCAUCUCUGGCAAACUUUUCUCUGGUGUUUCCAUUUAACAAAGGGAGAGAUAGCAGAGUGUAUAAUGGAAAUAGAGUUGGCAUAUUAAUCUCCAGUGUAUUGGUGCAGGAAAGCUCCAGUAAGGAUGGGUAAGCAGAGCAGCCCAGUCUAAGCUUUACCCGCACUCACAACUGAGUAGCUGAGCCUUCCUUCACUGCUCAAACUUCUACUGAUCCACAAGUAGAAGUUUCUAGCUGGUAACUGGCUUUCAUCUUUUCUGUUCCUGUAGUUCUGGAUGUGUGGGGGAGAGGAGCCACCCCUCAGAGAAGCGCAUCUUUAAACUCAGGCAGGAAAAAAACCAGGAUAUUGCUCGUCUUCCUUGGUGUGCCCACAAGUGCACAAGGCAGUAUGUCAGAACUGCACUCUUUGGUCCCUUGUUUAUAUUAAUGGGAGAGGAUGCAGCUGUGGUGGAUUCAGACUAGUGCCAAGGUGCAAUGAAAGAGGAAGAUAGUGCCAGCUACUGUAAUCAGGUUGGUCAUCUGCUUCAGUUGAAAAAAAUGUCACUGGACAGGAUUUGAUUAUUUUCAGUCACAGACCUACUUUCCACUAUUUGCUUAUUCCCACAUUCAUAAUUUGUUCCCCUUUCAAGAGUAAAAAGCUUCUCUGCUAACAA